GAGUAUGCCUAAUUAUUGACUGCAAGCGAGAAAACUAAAGAAUUUUGUUCUUUUUCCGAGUGAAAUCCACAACAAAAAAUGUUUUAAAAUCAAAAUAUCACCACCAGUGCAGUCAAAGUUACAUGUUUUUUACGAAGAAAAAAGGACAAUCGAAACGCCUUCCGGAGCUAGCUUAUAAGUUACACAUCCAAUUAACGCUACGACCAUCUCGGACAGAGGCUAUCUAUAUGAGUAAUUAGGGGUAAUUGAACCGUAUAAUUUUGUCUCCAGAAUGAAACGUAGCAGGAAAUAAGAUUGGAAAAUUUGCCUAGUGAAUUCAAUCGAUUCCAGUGAACGGUGAAUCAUGUCGGAUCUCAAACUAGAUGCGCCAGUGGAAGAUGACAUGGCCACUAGAGUUUUCUGGGAGAUCCUUUCUCCCUUGGGCUACAUUCCUCAACCGGUGAAGGAAGCCCUGAAGGGCACGGGCUUCGACAACCUCCUGUCGCUGUCGGCGAUGCGAGAAUCCGAUCUGGACGAGAUUACCACCCAGUAUAAAUUGCCGAUGGGCCACCGGCGACUGAUACGGGUCCUUUCGGAACGGAUCAACCAGUUGGGAAUCGAUGACCUGACGGCGAAGCUUCUGCGAAAACUGGACCGCCAGGCGACUACCGUGGUCAAGGUGUCCAAACCAACACCUCCGAAUCCAACGAGCAGCGAUUCCCGGGACGAGACCCCUUCCUCUCGAAUCGUUCCACCACCGGAAUCGCUGAUCGAAAUGUACCGUACUAAGCUUCAGCAGAACAUCCUCUCCUGGUUGACCACGCACGGUGAAGUCGCCUUGAAGGAAAUCGAACUGCAGGACAUCAACAUCAACGUUUCGAUGCAGGAGGGCAAACUGCAGGGGUCGGUCAUUUGUCCGUUCUGUCGGAUGGAGAUCAAAAUCUACAUCCGGGCACCGGAUGCGGACAGCAGCGGGGCCAUUGCCAACUCGAACUACAUCAAACACUACAACCGGAUGCACCGGAAGACUCCGCUGCCUCCCAAGUCUCCGGCCGCCGGAACUUGGAGUUCAUCGUUCGGAACGCCACCGCCCGGGACUAUGAUGACACUGGAGCAGCACCAGCAAGCGCUGGUUCAGUUGCACGCGGAACAGCAAGCUGCCGCUUAUGCGGCCGUAACGGCUGCGGCCAACGGCAACGCCAGUGGGAAUGGUGCCGGAGGUGGGUCCAACGGGCAGCUCCCCAAUCCAGCGGCGGUAUACGAACUGCUGUUCAAGCAGGAAUCGAACAGCUGGGACGAUUAAUUUAGGACGCGUGAACGGUUAACGGCUCCGGAAGAUUAUAUAUGUAACCUAGGAUCGGAUUUUUGGCGACCUCGCUAGAUGAAAUUCUUUUUAUAUUGAUCCAGCAGUUUGCGUUCAUGUUUUAAGUGAUAGGUAUGUGUAUGUAGUGUUUUUGACUUUUUUUUUUUACCUUCUAAGGAAGUAUACUUUUUUGUGAUUUUUUGUUCGGAUUGCUUUGAAAUAUGUUAGCCGAUUGCAAUAAGUACAUAAGUGCGCAUAAUAUUUGAUUUCGGGUAAAAGAAAUCUUUGAUAUUCCA